AAGCCAAAUAUCUUAGAAGAGAGUGACUCGAUGAAAAUAAUCAAAGGGAAGAGUAAGUUGAUGGAUAAAAUCGAAGGGAAAGAGGUGGAGGAGAUCAAUGUAAAUGACGACAAAGUAGAGUUGGACAUCUUUAAGGAGAGAGCCUUAAUAAAAAUGACUAAGGAAAAAGAGGUUGUCUGUGAAUCGACGUCAGUUUUGCCAAUGGGAAUGAAGUUGAUUCUCAUAUACGUUGAGAAGAUAAUGGAGAAAGAUUCUAGUAUCACUAUUCCACUACCUAUUGGCAUUUUUGGUAUUAGUCGAAAGACUUCUGUUCUCCGAGAGGACAUCAUUGAUCUUUGUAACAUGAAUGAGGUCAAAACAUUUACAUUGGUGGCCUAUAUGACGUACUUGUAUUCAUCUGUUCUUGGUUCGAAGGAAACUAUACAGUAUGUCUUUGUAGAUCCAUCCCUCACCUCUGUCGGACACUCACAAGAAUCUCGAGUUCGACACUUAUGCAGUAGAUUGAUGGUCUCAAAGAUUAACGAAAUAGUUCUUGCUCCUUUUAAUCCUGGGGGUCAUUGGACACUACUGGCCAUAAAUGCAUAUGAUGAUAUAGUAUUUUACCUCGACUCACUAAGGACAACAUCGAAGUCAACUAUAAGAUACGUCACCGACAUGUAACUUAAUCUAGUAUUUCAUUUAGUGUUGAUUCUUAUAUGCAUGUACACAAUAUUUAAACUAUUUGUUCAAUCUUAUCUUGUCAAAACAGAGCAAUAGCGAUGUUUCAGUCACAAAAGAACAUUAAAAAAGUAGAAAACAAACUUUAUGGUUAACAGUAAAGUGUCCACUGCAAGUCGGAAGUAUUGAGUGUGGAUACUAUGUGAUGAGGUAUAUGAGAGAAAUUGUGACUAGGGGAAGCAUUGUCAUAUCCGAUGCGAUCAUACUCACAGGCAGAACUACACGAGGUGUGAGUUGAGUUAGCUGACUUUUUGGGUUCUUACAUAUGAUUAUGACCAAUAUUUUGUGAUUCUGAAGUAGGAAAUUUUUUGUUGUGUCGCUUCUUUAUGACCCUAAACUUUAUGUAUAGAAACUUUAGCCGAUAGUUCUUUUGAAUUGUUCAUAUGGAGGAAGGGGGAGGGGGGGGGGGGUUCAUUCGUAUAUAUUUUUUAUUAUUGUUAUAGCUAGCAUGUUUUGUGACUUUUUAAGUUGAUUUGGAUUCAUGGCAAUGUAAUGCCAUAUGAAAUCUAAUGUAAAGCCUAUUUCAUUAUGUAUAUGUAAAGUCUUGGAAUUGAAUAUAUAUGGUGAAUGGUUUUAUU